GCCUGUCCAUAAACUCCAGCCUCUUCCUCCCUCCAUCUGGCAGUGCAUGCAGAAGAGAGAGGAGGGCGAGAGAGAGAGAGAGAGGACCAGUGUGUGUGUGUGUGUGUAUCCACAGGGUUUCGAAUCACAGGCAGAUCCAGCGUCACUCUCUCAGACAGAGUCUGUCGUCACGGGCGACAGAAGGUAUCUCCUCCACAUCAGCAUCACUGUAGAGACGGAACGCGAGGCGGCAUCAGCAUCCAGUGGUCGUCGCAGCAACAAGAGCAUCCGAGGACUUCCAGGACUGUAAAAGGCAAGGCUGCCUGCUUACGCCAGGGGCUCGGAGAAGAAACCGGGGCCAAUCGCCUCUCUUGCACCUCGUUCUGCUUCACUUUGUCACUGAAGGACAGCUGUGGGCGAGCGUGGAUGAACAGACAGGGAUAGGGAUAAAAGAGUAGAAUCAGUGGAUUUGUGUGUGGGGGAAAGUGAGGGGAAUAGAGAGAGAAGCGUUUAUAUAUGAGUGUGUGACAGUGAGUUAGUGUGUUUUUGUAUGAUGGUGAUGACAUACGGUGCUACUGAACAGACAGGAUGAUCCGAGCUCACUUGAGCCGUAAGCUCUUUUGGGAAGAGAGGAAAAGAAAACCAGCACACUGUUUCUACUACUGACAAGGGGAGAGGUGAGCGAGAGAGAUAGAGACAUAGAGCACUUUGUGUUAUAAAGUCUUCUAUAUUCCCACAGAGGAUGGUGCUAUUAAAUUUGGUGUCGUGUGAAAUGUUCUAGUGCCUCAAAUUGACAGCAACGAUUUGGAGGGUCAAGUUUUGCUCUUUAAUUUUCUUCCCGGAGCAAAAGACGUGGAAUUUACCUCCUCUUGUGACUUUUGGAGAAUGCACAGCUAUUAUAAAGGGACGUGGUAGCUGCUGGAUUUCACACAUCUUCAAGGGAACUAGAUUGAGGUCAGAAAAUGGAAAGAAAUGACCAGCAGGAAACCAUCGACGAAAGGUUCAGAAAUUUAGGAUGUGCCAUUUAAGCUGACUUAAUUCCCAGGAAAGCACUGAUCACAACACUUAUUAUCCCUUUCAGAGAAGAGUAAAGUUGGAAUAUUUGGACACAUUUAGUGCUGACUUUUAAAAUUAAAAAUAUAAUAAGAAACUUUAGAAAAGAGGCACAUCUGUGUCCAUUUCUUCUGCAAAUAUUUUAUUCAAAUCCUGAAAGUAAUGCAAUGCUGGACGUUUUCUUUUCCCACCUGGAUUGGAUUUAAUGAGUUCAAAAUGGACCUUCUCACAGUAUAAGGAUCUGUCUCUCUAUUGCACCAUGCACAAAUGAAUACAAUCCUUUUUAUCAUGUACACAUUUCUGCUUCAUAGACAACAGCUUUCAGUCCCAAAUUAGGACCCUAAACACAUGGUGCUCACACGCACAAUGAAAUGAACAACAGAUCUACUGCAACCUGGAGUUUAAUGUGUGUUUCUUGGAUCUAACCGUCCUUCAAUGAAUCCAGCACCUUCCCUAUCAACCACAUCUCUCCCCAGAUCCCCGACAUGCUCGGCGGUACACAGCAAGAGGAGGCUUGACCCCAGACCCAGCGAGGUCUCUCGGCUGCCCAGGCAUUUUUAAGAUGUUGAACCCUCCCUGCGUGGCCCGAGCCCCAGAUCGGAUCAGUAGCACUGCGGCUCCCGGUGGCCCCAGACAUGGAUCGUGGCUCGGUUUGCCCCUGCCCUCAGCGCUCCGCAACUCGGCCAGUGAGCAGCCUGUGAAGGAUGUCCCAGAGCGGAGCUCCGGCCCGGGAACCCUCUGAGACCCCCAGUCAGAGAGAACAGAUCCGCAGUCACAUGAAGAUGGUGAUCGAGCAGUUGGAAGGGAUCCUCAAAGAGCUGAAAGAUGUGGCUCAUGAACUGCGGGAGGUGGUGGGUCAGAUUGACAAACUCACAUCGGAUCUUGACUUCGAUCUGGAUCCAGACGAUUGGACGGUUGCGACAGCGAGCAGCACUUCCAGUAGCGAGCGAGGUCUGGGUGAGGCCUUCAGGUUGGACUUCCUCAGCCAGGACAUGCUCUCUGACGGCUGGGACUUCUGCAACUUUUUGGAGGUCUCUAACUCUUCAAAUCGGAAAGCACACAGGGACGAGGUGGACGAGGAGCAAGAGAGGUCGUCGUCAGGCAUGCCUACGCAUGCCACCGCCAGCGUCUACUCGCAAAUGAACGGGGGUCUUCCCAUCCCUAAUGGACCUUUAAUCAUCACCCCUGACUCCUCCAGCGAAGAAGCAUCAAGUUCAACGUACAGUCAAAAAACUUCCCGCACCUCGGGGACGAGAGAGAGGGUCCGUUUCAGUGACAAAAUCCUCUACCACGCCUUGUGCUGUGACGAUGAUGAAGAUGAGGAAGAUGACGUCAGAGAGGAAAUAGAUAAAGGGGACUGCGGGAUCCCGGACACGGACAGUGAACCCAGCCCUUUGGCUUGUUCACCCACGCCCCCUUUGUCCUCCUCUGCUCACCCGCCUGGCCUUUAUAACUGUCGGGAAACGGCAUCCGCUGGCCCCUCGCCUGUAAAGGUGGCAGUUGUGGGGUCUCACACACUACCCAGGAAAGGUCUUCUUAACCCAGGUUGCCGGAAAAAACUGCUGCGAAACAGCAGCACGCAAACAGUAUCGGAUAAAAGCACUCAGACUGUAUUGCCCUACAUCCCCGCCAAACAGAAAACCAAGGACCUCUGAGAUAUCGCCCAACUUUGCAUAUAAAAAAGAAUAAAAGAACUAAGAAAAUAUUACAAAAGAACUCUAUACUAUUUAAUAUGGAAUACAUAGAUAAUAGAUGAAAAACAAAAAAAACAAUUACUAAAUAAAUUAUAUAUGGGAAAAUUUCAAGACUUGCUAAAGUCAUUUUUAUGACUGAUCAUUUGCAUAUCUAUUGCACAUAUUCGAAAGUAAUGAAUAAUGAAUUGUUUUUGUGAGGUCUUAUUUGAAAUGUUUUCGCCCCUUCAUAUUUUGUCUUAGGUUUCUUUCCGUUUCCAAGGUUAGCAUUUAAAAGGGGUUAUGCAAUUUAGGAUACAUUGUUAAAAAUCUCUUAAAUAUUUUCAUGAAGUCAACAUUGGAUUUAUAUAGUUUUUGUUAUUUUAUUCUGUUAGUUUAGUGGCCAUUUAUAUGCUAGUGAAAUUUACUUUUAACACACUUUAAAACCUCCUCAUAUUAACACCUGCAACUGGCUAGCAGGAAACAUGGCAAGGGAUGUAACCUAAAGCCUUUUGGUUAUUUUACCAAAAUGCACAAAGCGUUAUGAAAUAGACCACCCAAAUUACCCCUUUAAAUAGAAAAUAUGUUGGUAUUUGUUGGUACUUGUAUAUGAGGAGUCUAUCCCCAGUACACAACCUGGUUUUGGUGCUGGGAUAAAGGGGUAGAUAAAAGCAAAGUAUUUUAAAGUGCCUGUUUUCCACUUUGACAUUUACACUGUUUCUGCUCACGGCGGGGGUAGGCAAGGUCGUUGGGGGUGCUGACUUAAAUCUCAGCGUACAAAGGCGAGAUGCAAAAGGUUAUGUCUCCCCAUUCUCGAGCCCAGCAGGGACUGUGAACUCAAUAUUGCUGUGUUUUAUUCAAAGGGAUUUUGCCAAUAGCACAGCUAAUCGAUCCGAUGGAUUGAAGGCUCGGCGAGGGGGCUUCCGUGCCGAGUCCUCGCCUCUCGGUUUCGAGGGUCUUUAACAAAACCCUGUCUCUCUUUUAGAGCUUUUGGUAUUUACUCUACAGUGGAAAAACUAUUCAGUGGUAGGAGGGGGCGGAGGGUAGCGAGAAAUGUGUGAGUGGGAGGAACACGGAGAGAGAAAGAGAGAGAGAAAUUAUACAUUAGAAGCAAAUGAAGGCCAAAGUAGCUCAGCAAAAUGAGUGUUUGAAGACAGAUUGUUCUUAAUUACCCCCUCAAUGUAAUCAUUUACUCGAAAUCAGCUCUCAGGGGAACAGAGACCAUCUCUAUCAGGGUGAUAGAUCCUGCACAACCAUCUCUCUUCCCAUCCUCCAUCUUACGGCCGUUUCAAAAAGGCUUCUUCCAUUUUAAAGACAACACAUUUAUUUUGUUAAACCGGAACCUGUGUUAAACCAAAAGCAAACAGGCUGAUUUAUGACAAUUAGGGUAAACAGUUUGUAAAUUUGUGCGUGCUGUUUCAGCACAAAACUUUUGCAUUCAACUCAUCAAUUAGCUACCAGCCAGUUUAAUCAGGUUUGGUAAAGUACUGCUGCUUCAUGAAUAUUUCAAAUAGGACAUCGUAGUUAACCUCAUGUUCUCUAUUUUAAAGAGCAGAUUUGGAUUUCAGGAGUUGAGGAGCUAUCCUAUACAAUUGAAGAUAAGUGUCACAGAUUACCAUAGUUUGUUGUAUCCUCCACAACCGAGCACAAAACCAGCCUGCAAGAUGAGGUACGGCAUUGUGCUGUUUGCCUUUUGGGAAUGUUUACACCAUUAACUGAUUUGCAUAAUUUAGUGAUUCAGGUGCUUAAACUAUGAAGACAGCAAAUAACGCAAAUAAAUGAUGCUAUCAGUGGGCACAAUUCAUUCUAAGUAAAUUUCCUCUUAAUGUUUUUCAAAAGUACAUAAGGGGUUAUUAAGAUGAAUGCUAUUUUACGUUUAAUAAUAAAUGCCAUCCAAAACGUACACAAUCCCUAAGUACUUUCUCCAUAAACUCCAUAAAAAUAAAACAUUGUUUAUACCCAUUUUUAUGCCACUGUAACAUCAGUUUCUGCCAGCAUUUCAUUGAUAAAUGCCAUAACUUGGCAUUUGCCAUUUUAAAAGAAACCUCAAAUGCAGCAUCAUAAAGAUUCUGUUUCUGUAUUUAAUCAAUAGAAUUUGGCACUGUUGGUUGAGAGUUUGACUCUGAAAAACACAAAAUUUGAGCAAUAGU